UGUGUGCUCUCUUUUACUUCCGGCCGUCGAUGUGAGUGUAUGAGAUUGUUGAUACUAAUGGGGAAAAUCCACUGUAAAUCCGUGUAAUCGUACACUAUCAAAAUACUUUACAAAUAAAAACAAAAUGACAAAGUUAUGUUUUACGAUAGGCCAUCUUUAAUUCAUCCGUAUUUUAUUGGGAUUUGUUGAAAAAUGUAAAUAAAAACAAACGUGGGUUCCUGGGGUUCUACUUUUGACAUUAGGUGUAGUAAUGCACUAUCAUUCGCAGCUUGUCUGUAAUAUUAAUAUAAUGUUUAGGAGAUUUUCAAGUGGUGAUAGGGCUUUGUAGAUAUGAUUACUGCACAUUUCAUGAAAGACAGCGCAAUGUUAAACUUAAGAAAAUCGAGAAAUGGCAGUCAUUGAUUCCAUGUGUAUAUUCUGUUCAGAUGGGACCGAAAGCCGAGACUAAAGCAGCCAAGCCUAAGGCAGCCGCUGCCAAACCAGCAGCCAAGAAACAGACUGAAACCCGUAUGGUCAAGAAGACCAUCGGUGGAGACAAAAAUGGUGGUUCAAGACUUGUCAAGAAAACUAGAACGUCUCGCUAUUACCCAACUGAAGACAAACCCAGAAAGCUGAGAUCCAGGAAGACUGCCUUUUCCAAGCACAAGCACAGUGUAAGGAGCUCGAUAACCCCUGGCACCGUCCUUAUCCUGGUGGCUGGUCGUCACAAGGGAAAGAGAGUUGUCUUCUUGAAACAGUUGGAUUCUGGGUUACUUUUGGUGACAGGUCCAUUCCAUCUGAAUGGUUGCCCUCUCAGAAGAAUCAACCAAAUCUACACUAUUGCCACAAAAACCAAGCUGGACAUUAGUGGUGUGAAGCUGCCAGAACGCCUGAAUGAUAAAUACUUCAACCGUAAACAGCUCAAGAAGCCCCGACACACAGAGGGAGAAAUCUUUGACACCAAAAAAGAGGUGUACACUGUCAGUGAUGAAAGGAAAGAAGACCAGGUCGCUGUUGACAAACAAAUUCUGGAUGUAAUCCGUAAAAACCCCGAGAAGAAAUUAUUGUUUGGUUACCUUGGUUCCAUGUUUUCACUUGGAAACCGACAGUACCCUCAUAAGAUGGUCUUUUAAAUGUUAUAAAUAAAAGUACUGACAGGAA